GAGGAGAUGGGAGUCUGAUUCCAGACGCUUUCCUAACUCCACAGCAUGACUGGCUGCGACUGCGCUUGAGGCUGAUUGAGGUUGAAAGACAAAACCCGGAGUGCACUCAUGUUUACAUUCUCCUAAAGUCAUAUAUAGGACGAGGAUUCUUUUCAAUUCCGAGGAAUGUCCCGGUGCUGGUGCAGGCAGGUCCUGCUUGGCGUGGAAGUGGGUAUUGUGGUGGUGGCGCUGGUAGUCGGCACUGCCGGACAGAGCCACGACAGGAGAGAAGCUGGGUCAUCCUGCUACGGAGGAUUUGACCUGUACUUUGUUUUAGACAAAUCUGGCAGCGUGCAACAUUACUGGAAUGAAAUUUAUUACUUUGUGGACCGCCUGGCUUACAAGUUUAUCAGUCCUCAGCUACGGAUGUCCUUUAUAGUCUUUUCAACAGAAGGACGGAUUCUCAUGCCACUAACGGAAGACAGAGAGCAAAUACGGACUGGCUUAGAGAAGCUCAGCAUGGUCGACCCGGGUGGGGACACCAACAUGCAUCUUGGUUUGUCAAAGGCCAGUGAGCAAAUUUACUACGGCACAGGAGAUGGCUACCGGACAGCCAGCGUCAUAAUUGCUUUGACGGAUGGUGAAUUGAGGGAAAAUCAAUUUGAUCUGGCUCAAAGAGAGGCUAGCAGAGCACGCCAGUUGGGUGCCACUGUUUACUGUGUGGGAGUGAAGGACUUCAAUGAAACCCAGCUGUCUACUAUCGCUGACAGCCAAGACCACGUCUUCCCUGUGACCGACGGUUUUCACGCACUGCAUGUGGUCAUCGACUCGAUCCUUAAAAGGUCUUGCAUCGAGAUUCUAGCCGUCGAACCCUCCAGCAUCUGUUCAGGCGAAUCUUUCCAGGUGGUUAUAAGAGGAAAUGGCUUCUUUCACGCCCGAGAUGUUCAGAAAGUCCUCUGCAGCUUCCGCAUCAACGACACCGUGACUGUUAUGAAAAGACCUUUGGUGGUGAGAGACACCUACCUGUUGUGCCCGGCUCCUGUUUUGGAAAAAGAAGGAACGGCUGCCACGCUUCACGUCAGCAUGAACAACGGGCUGAGUUUCAUAUCCAGCUCCGUCACAAUUAAAGCUGUCACUUGUUCUGACGGCACCUUUGUGGCCAUUGCUCUCCUCAUCCUACUCCUCCUGCUCAUCAUUCUUCUUCUGUGGUGGUUCUGGCCUCUCUGCUGCACUGUGGUCAUACACGAACCACCUCCACCACCCGCAGAAGAGGACUUCUCUGACGACGAGGACGAUUUUCAUAAGAAAAGAUGGCCCACUGUGGACGCCUCAUACUACGGAGGCAGAGGAGUUGGAGGCAUCAAAAGGAUGGAGGUCCGAUGGGGCGAUAAGGGCUCCACUGAGGAGGGAGCGAAGCUAGAAAAAGCUAAGAACGCUCGGGUGGUGAUGCCCGAAGAGGAACCCGACGAGCCCGCUCCGCCGCGACCGCGUUACCAUGUCAGAAGAUCCGUUCAUUCUCAUAAAUGGUAUUCGCCCAUCAAGGGCAAACUGGAUGCUUUGUGGGUUUUCCUUAGAAGAGGCUAUGACAGAGUGUCCAUCAUGCGACCUCAUCCUGGAGAUAAGGGCAAGUGCAUCAACUGGACACGAAGCAAAUCCUACCCCGCUCCUCGCUACCCCAUCUACAAGCACACGUCCGCGCACAUCUACACGCUGCCCUACAGUCCCCGACGUCGCUCCUCGCUCGACUUGUCGGACUUGCCGCCCUCACCCACCGCCACGCUGCCCCCUUUGCCCAGCUCGCCUCCGCCGCCACCAUUUUACACACCCCCUCCUAACAGAUCUUCCUCCGUCUCCGUGCAGACGCUCUGUAGGGCCCCACCUCCAUCCCGCCCCCCGCCACGCCCCAACCACGAGGACUGCUGACGCAUCCCGAGUCGUAAGGAAAACAACUCACAGGGAAAAUGUUUGUACUUUUUGAUAUUACAGGGGCUGAUGUGCAAUGACGUUUCAUAUUAGAGUUGACCAAGUAUCUUAAAUUGUACUUGUAAUAGUAGGUCAUGCUUUUUCGGAGAUCGCUUAGCACAGCGAAAAGAUUGGCUUGUAAAAGCAUCGCUGUGUAAUAAAAAGCAUCCAAGGACAACAAGAUCUUUUUCAGAAUGCUGGUUGACAUCCAGUUAUGUUUGAAACAACACAAUUGUUUGUUUCAGAACUAGGGGUGUAACGGUACACAAAAAUCUCGGUACGUACCUCGGUUUUGAGGUCACGGUUCGGUACAUUUUCGGUACAGUAAGAAAACAAAAUGCAAAAUAAAUAAUAAUUAGGGCUGUCAAACGAUUAAAAUUUUUAAUCGAGUUAAUUACAGCUUAAAAAUGAAUUAAUCGUAAUUAAUCGCAAUUAAUCGCAAUUCAAACCAUCUAUAAAAUAUGCCAUAUUUUUCUGUAAAUUAUAUAUAUAUUCUGUAAAAUAAAUUGUUGGAAUGGAAACA